CUGCUAGCGCGAAUUUUUGGCGUCGUCUCAGACAACAUUCGCGAAACAUUUUGCUUGCAUUGAAAAAAUACGUAAAUUUCGAAUUUCAAGCAUAACGCGCUUAUUUUGGUUGUGAUCGAUGUUAUGAGGUGAUGUUUCAGCACAAGGUUAUAAAGUAUAACAAUGAGCAACAAUCACAUAACAUCCGUACAGGAACGGCUCCAGCUGAAGCGUGUCCCGUUGGAUAAAUGGUCCACCAAGGAGAAACUAUGUUUGGCCUCAGCUGUGGCAUGCAGUGGAGAUCAAAACUGGAUGUCGGUGAGCAGGGCUUUAAAAAUGCUCUGCGGUACUAACCGGCCGGCAGAUUGGUUUUCGCAAAAAUCUUGUGCAGCCCAAUACGGAAAACUGCUGGAAAAUGUGGAAACACCCAAAAGGAAAAAGCGAACCGCUUCCGAAAGAGAAGGUGUUUCGGCAGUUGAAACGCCGGGAGAAUCAAUUUUGAGGAAAUUGACCCAGGAACGAGUAAUUGAAUUAAAGAAAAUAAUUCAAGAGGAAGCUCAACAGUACACCAAAGUUAAGGAGGACAUAAUUCUUAUUCAAAGUGGUGUCACGGAUGAAAAGAAGCUCCGCGAGAUGUGGAAGCAAAUCGAAAUGGAAAAGGCUCAGAAGGAAAAGGAACAAAUAUUACACGCCCAAUGGCUGAAAGAAAGAGAAGAGAAGAAACUUGAAUUGGAACGUCAAUGGAGACCACUUUUUCCAAACUCUCCAAAUCCAGCCAAAGGAACGGGACUGACACCUGGGGCUAUAAUUAAAAUCAAAGAAGAUACAGAUGACGAUAGUCAAAGUUCAUGUAAAUCUGGAACAUCCCCGCUAUUGACUUCUUUACUGAAAAGUCCUACGGCAAAUCCAUCGAACAGCCCAAAUUUAACGGGUUCCAGCGGAAAAGCAGCUUCUUCACCUACGAUAACGAACUUACUUACAGGUGGUAACAGUGCCUUGAUGACCAUUCAAGGUAAAAAUUUGUUCCCUUCUCCAACUAAGAAUACUCCAGCAUUGAGCCAACAGUUGUCGGAUGCUAGUCCGAGCAGCUCAAAACUUCAGGACGUAGGAUCGCUUCCCGAAGAAUCAGUCCCGAAACGAGCUAAUGACAUUCUUAGCCAAGGCGAACAACAGGCUGGUCCAAUUGCUUCGAUUUCAAGUCAGAGCAAGGAAGAGGAGAUGGAAAUCGAUACGGACAAUGUUGAUCCAGCUAAAGAUCUGAUGGCUGUUUUUCAGGAACUCAUGCCAGAAGAAUUGGACGAGAUUCUCAACGAAGAUAAUGCAAUGAUCCUUGAGGAUGAAAUCUUAGAAAAUGUUGUCGAUUCGAUAAUGGAGGAAGCGGAAUCAAUGAAAGAUAAAAUCAAUGUUCUGAGUGAUGAAACACUUACAGAAAGUGUUGUAGAACCAGCUUCAUCAGCAACCAUUGGACAAGAAGAGCAAUCAAACCCGGAUAGGACCGGUUCAAAAAACGAGGAAACUAUUCCUGAGAACGCGAAGGGUAUAUAUCUGAAAUCGGUAGAAACAACAUCAUUGUCUCCUAAACGACAGUCUGAUUCGGUUGAUAGUGAGCAGCAAUCAAUACAAAACGAAGAUAUCAUUCAACCAAAAGAAGAUGAGGGUGAAAAGGCUUUUUCCGAUGGCUCAGAUAAACCGGACGCUACUCAGGAAGGGGAGUCGAGUUUGCAGUCUUUAGUUGACAGAGUGGAAGAUUCGAAAGAGUGUGAAGUUAUUCGUAUAGAAGGUAGCAGUUCUAAUUCACCAAUAACGAAUCUCCCGACAGAGGAGAACAAAACGGUUGAAGAAAAUUUGGUUGUUAUGUCUGACCUUAUCAAGGAAGACGAUAGUCCUUGCGAUUUGAAAACUGAAACUGAAACCGAAACUGAAGACUCAGAAGAUAAACCUCUAGCGCAUUUAGAGACUACUCCAACUGAUGCACACAAGAGAGAAUUUAAAACAGAAGAUGAUAUGGAUGAAAAGAGGGAAAAUGCCGAGGUACCGGUUGAUGAAUCUAGCAACAGCUCUCAUAUCAUAGAAAGUAAAUCUAAAGAGGAAAUCGACAGCAACAUCUCAGAAGCAGAAGCUGCGAGAGCCAAAAAGGAAGCCUUUGAAAAGUUAGCUGCUGAGUAUGAUUUCAAAGACGAAGAAGAACCUAUCGUUCCUUUAUCCAUUCAAAAAUCCAAGGAAGAAAAACACGUACCGGAAGAAGAUGUUUCUAUGGAAGUACAAGCAAAUUUUGAAGAGCCUGUUGAACAGAAAGAUUCUGUACAAAAGCAUCCUGAAGAAUCAAUUGCUAUAGCUAUUACCGAUACCGAUGAUGAUUCACUUAUCGAAAUGAAAAUAUCUAAAACCAAACGGGAUUAUUCGCGACGUCGACCAACUGAGGAAACCGCAAAGUCGAAAGAAGAUUCUUCUCAGGUACUGAAAAGCGAAGAAAAUGAGGGAAGAUCUCUUCGAAAACUUCGAGACCGCGAUAGAUCCGAAAGCCCGUUUGUACUUCUUGACGAUGAUGUUAGCGAUAAGAUGAAGCGUAGCUACUCUUCCACCCCAGUCAUUGAUUCUAUUCCAAGUUCUCCGGUAUCCAGUGAGGAUCGCGAGUAUCGCACAUGGAAAAAAUCUAUACUUAAUGUUCAUUCUAAAAUUUGUUCACUGCGAUAUGCAUCAGGUUUUACAAAACCAUUACCCGAAGAACAUAUCUCGGAACUUAUCUAUCGCCCAAUGGAUUUGUCAAUAAUAAAGAAAAACAUCGAAAACGGAACCAUUCGUAGCACGGCGGAAUAUCAGCGCGAACUAAUGCUUAUAUGUACGAAUGCAGUCAUGCUCAAUAGAGUAGAUAUUUGUUCUCCAACAGCAGCUCGUGUUUUGCUCAAUGAAAGCACUACCCUUAUCGAGGCUAGCUUGCAGGAUGUGAUAACGAGGCAACACCAGCAGCUACUACCUGCAGUCAUUAAACCCGCCGUAUCUACUCCAAUGCGCGAAAAAGAGAUAGAAACACGUUCGACUCCCGCAGUACUUACGGUUCCAACAGCCACCGCAGGUAGCAGCGUCAACAAGCGAAGCUCUCGAAGCAGCAAGAGUACUAACACGCGCAGCUCAACUUCUGGGUCGCGUAUUUAGUUUACUAGACGAAGGAUGAAGAAAAAUUUGGUAAGUACAUACAUAUUUUUUUCAAAAUAUGAAAAAUCAAAAGAUUCCGCCUGCAUUCGAUUUCUGUACGGAAUAUAGUUUACCGAUCAUUUCCCAAA